GCCGGCUCUCCUCCGCGCGUGGGCACACACUGAGAGAGGGCGGGAGAGAGAGAGAGAGAGAGAGAGAGAAUUCCGUAUAAAAAAGAGCGGCCGGUACUCUCCCUGGCUCAGUGUCUCUGUGUCAGACUGCAGCACUCCUCUGCUCUGCUCUGCUCUCUCACAGCUGAAGUUUUCUCUGUCACGCCGUCGUUUGUCUCGCAGUGGGAAAUAAAUUCCUGUCCAUGGUUGUGACUGGAACCUCCAAGAUGUCCCGAGCCGACGAGGUGCACCGCAUAACGGAGAAUGUCUACAAGUCCAUCAUGGAGCAGUUUAACCCCUGCUUGAGGAACUUUGUAGCCAUGGGGAAGACGUACGAGAAGGCACUUUCUAGUGUGACAUUUGCAGCAAAAGGCUACUUCGACGCCCUGGUCCGGAUGGGUGAACUGGCCAGCGAGAGUCACGGCUCUAAGGACCUUGAAGAAGCUGCGUGGGAUGUACUCUUUCAGAUGGCUGAAGUCCACAGACAGAUCCAGAUGCAGUUGGAAGACAUGCUGAAAUCCUUCCACAAUGAGCUCCUCACAGAACUGGAGAAGAAGGUGGAGCUAGAUGCGCGCUAUCUAAAUGCUGCUUUGAAGAAAUACCAGAUGGAGCACCGGAGUAAAGGAGAAAGUCUGGAGAAGUGCCAGGCAGAGCUGAAGAAACUGCGGCGGAAAAGCCAGCAAGGCAGCAAGACUGCAUCCAAGUACAGAGAUAGUGAGAUGCAGUAUGUGGAGGCCAUCAGUAGCAGGCAGAGCGAGCUGGACAACCACAUCGCCGAGGGCUACAAAAAUGCCCUGACCGAGGAGAGGAGGAGGUACUGCUUCCUGGUGGACCGCAAUUGUGCCGUAGCCAAGAGCACCAACACCUACCACACCAAGGGUAAAGAGCUGCUGAUGCAGAAGAUCCCGACGUGGCAGCAGGCAUGUUCUGACCCUCAUAAACUCCCAGAUCGAGCUGUUCUCCUUGCACAGCAGAUGAGCUCAGGGGGAACACUGGGUACCGGACAACAGCAUGCCUCUAAAUCUAAUCUGGUGAUCUCAGAUCCCAUACCAGGAGCCAAACCUUUACCUGUUUCACCUGAACUGGCUGCUCUCAUGGGCAACCAACAGAGGAUGAUGGGAAUGGAAAGUGUUCCAAUGUUGAAUGGAACAGCUGGGGCACAUGGAGGAGAGGACUACCAGCACUGGAUGGAUAGCCAAGCUGCACAAGGCAAAUCGGCCUCAACACAGGUCCACCGGCACAGCGGUGAGAUCUACUCCAACACACUGCCUGUCCGAAAAGUGGCACCCAUCAAGGGCAAGAGCACUCUGGCAGAGACACAGACACUGCCUAGGUCGAGCUCAGUGGCGGCUGGCCUGGAGAGGAAUGGGCGAACCCGUGUCCAGGCAAUCUUUUCACACUCAGCCGGAGACAACAACACACUGCUCAGCUUCACUGAAGGCGACAUUAUCACACUGCUGGUGCCCGAGGCCCGGGAUGGUUGGCACUAUGGAGAGAGUGAGAAAACCAGGAUGCGAGGAUGGUUCCCCUUCUCCUACACCAGAGUGAUCCCUGAGACAGACAGCAGCCGACUCGGCGUCAGUUUUCAGCAUGGUAGGAGCUGCAGCACAGGGAAUCUUCUAGAGAGGGAACCGAUGGUUCUGCCGUCUCCCGAUUACAGCUCCACCUCUCGGCUAAUGGCACAGAACGCCUCACUGGGCAGACAUCAGAGAACAUACAGUGUGGCGACGCCAGGAUUUUCACAGCAAGGGCUUGACAGCUAUGAGGCCCGUUUCCCAACAAGUUCGGAGGUCAAAUUGAUUUCGACAGUGUGAAAGGACAGACACACAGACACCAUCCGUCCUUCUCCCCUCACUCCCUCACUCGGUUGUUUCCCUCACUCGUCCAUCCACCUUUUCACCCACCAAAGAAGAGGAGAAACACCCACCUUCCCUUUCCCUCCUAUUACACCACUCGUUAGCUCCUAUAAAUCUCCACGGAACAGAAAUGCAGAAUACUCGGGCUUGAUCGUUCUCACAGCUCUUCAGUUUUGAGGACUUCGGGUCUAUUUUUAAUGAGCUCACUGAAAUGGACUCAGUAAAACAGUGUAUAUGUAACUCUUGCUUUUCUUUCAUGCAUAUUGAAAGUGCACAUUCUUUGGGUUACAGAAAUGGGUCCAAAAUCUAUAAAUGGAGUGCAGAUGAGGCUGCAGUAAUGACUGGCUGCUUGACGUUUUACAUUUUUUACAUUUUAAGUGAAGGAAGAGCUCUUUUACGUUGUCAGACAAAUGAGCUUUUCUACUCUAAGUCCUUACAAAAGUGAUGUAAUUCUCACAGUCAGCCAAAGUCUGAAAGUUCUUUUUUUAUUGCACUUAACAUUUAGGACGUUCUGUGGAAGACAGCUCAUUCUUCAUUUGUGCUCCUAUCAGUUUACUAAAUCCCUGAAGAAUAAAUGACAGAAAUUGGUGGCACAUUGUGUUUUUAUGGCUAUGUCUGUAUCCAUAUGGCUGUUUUUGAAACAAGUAGAAUGUCCAAGACAGAAUCUAAAUUAUAUCAGUCCCAAAAUCCCAUUACAGACACAUCACAGAAAUAAAAGUACAGAUCUAUCUCUGUAGCUGUCUAGCUUCACACAUCUAACCAAGACUAAACAGUUCCAUCACUAUCCAAACUGCAUUCCAAAGGCCUGAAUGAAAACAUGGAUGUUUUUAAUUAAAAAAUACAUGCCGUUGAUUUUCCUAGUCAGAAGCAUCAUUUCCUGGGAAGCUGUGCCUCUUGUACAUAUUUAAAUUAACUGUGUAGAUGUGACAAGAUGGCAGGGUGGUGGCACAGUGGUAGGGUUGUUUCCUCAUAGCUUCAAGGUCCCUGGUUUGACCCUGAGCUCAGGUUACUGUCUUCCAUGUCUGCGUGAGUUCUCCAGUUUCCUCAAACGCCCCAAAAACAUGCUAGCAGGUGGAUUGGCAACUCGAAAUUGCCCAGGGAUAUGAAUGUUUGUGUGCCUUGCAAUGGAUUGGCAUGAGAUAGGCUCUGGAUCCACCAUCGUUACAAAAAGUGGUUCCUUAAGAUGAAUAAGUCAGAUUAUUUUGGUGCUCACUGGUGCUCAUGGUCUGUUACAUUUGCUGUAUUUAUUAAUACCAACAUGUAUUUGUCCUUCUGUGCUGAAAAAAAGCUGUACUGACUACAAACAACAGCAAUCACUGAGCUAACUAUAAGUAAGUCAAAUGAUAGGUAGAACGUGAUGUUCUUCUGUUUAUUUGAUGCUGUAAUACAAAUCCAGUCAAAAUUAGUCUUUUAGGUGCUCUAGCCUUCUCUUAGCUCUCGUGAGGUUGUGGUAAAUUAAAAUCAUUCUUCUUCCCCACCACUCACUUUCUGAAUAAUGGAUGAAAAAUGAUGUUAUGUUAUGUGUGUUUUUGUUUUCUGUUGUACCAAGUAGCCAAGUAAUGAGCUAUACAUCGUAAUGUACUGUUCUGAUCAUUAGCACUGUGUGCAUCUUUAAAGUCCUGCUCUUGUCCCCAUUGAGAACGGUCACUUGCAGCUGUUUCCCAGAUCCCCCACUCACACUGACUGCAUUUGCUGUUUGAAGGCGUAAUUUAAUGCUUGAAACAUCUCAUGAUUAUACAUGCCUCCCAGUGGAAAGUGAUGUAAAGUGUUACACAUUAGAAAACUCUCUGUGUCUGAAGACAUGAUUUUUUUCAGUGGCUGCAUCUGUCUCUCUCCUUCUGUUGUCUUCUCACCUCUCCAUUUGUCUUUCUCUGUGUGUGACAAAUCUUAACUCUUCCUUUCCUUUUUUGCCAACCCUGUCCAUCUCUGUUUUGGUAAAUUUAGACACAAAAGCAGUAAGGGGUCAACGACUGGAAGCUGCCAGUGCUUCUUCUUUCUGCAUUAGAAUAAAGCCGAGGCAUGACUGCCACGUUCUCCUCAGUCCUGGUGCCCAAAUGGAAACACUCGAUCUACUCAGUCUGUCUUUGUGCUUCGGAAUGCUAACAUUUGGUUGUAAAGCUCUAAAAAAUAAAUAAAUAAAUAAUAUAAAUAAUAUAAAUAAAUAAACCCUCGAAUAUUAUACAGAGGGAAUAUACUAUAUAUAUAUACAUGCAUGCAUUUUAGGGGAACACCAAAAACAGUGUAAUGUUGCAGCAUAACCUCAAAUGUAUGGUGACUUUCUACUUCGAAAACCUGAAUAAAACUCUAUAUUGAGAUGAGAGCAUGGA